AUGGCGCCUAGGGACAGCAAGGAGAUGCUGCUGCAGAGGGCCGCCGAGUCCGCCAUCCGCUCCAUCGGCCUCGGCUACGACGUCGCCGCCGACGUCCGGCUCAAGUUCUGCAAGCAGCGCGGCUCGCCCGACCCGUCGCUCAUCGAGCUCGACCGCGAUGGGACCCAGGACAUCGUGCUCCCCGGCAGCCUGACCACGGUCGCCGGCGUGCCCAAGUCCAUCAAGUGCGACAAGGGGGAGCGGAUGCGGUUCCGGUCCGAUGUCCUGUCGUUCCAGCAGAUGUCGGAGCAAUUCAACCGGGAGUUAUCUUUGUCCGGGAAAAUUCCAUCUGGCCUGUUCAAUAAUAUGUUUGAAUUUACUGGCUCCUGGCAGAAAGAUGCUGCGAGUACCAAGUCACUUGCUUUUGAUGGUUGGUGUAUCACACUAUAUACUGUUGCACUCUCGAAGGCACAAAUUGUACUACGAGAUCAUGUUAAGCAGGCUGUUCCAUCAACCUGGGAACCUGCUGCUUUGGCAAGGUUCAUUCAAAAAUUUGGGACACAUAUAGUCGUUGGUGUUAAAAUGGGAGGGAAGGAUGUAAUUUAUUUGAAACAACAGCAUUCAUCAAGCUUGCAAGCCGUUGAUGUUCAAAAACGAUUGAAGGAGAUGUCUGACAGGAGGUUUCUUGAUGCAAAUGGGCAAUCUGACAUUAGUUUCAGGGAUGCGUACGGGAAGGAGGAUAAGAGUGACAGAAGAGAGCAGCGACUGAGAUUUGUGGAGUCUAGUCCACUAAAUUCUUAUGCUUCGAAGGAGGAUUUGGUAGUGCUGCCUAGGCGAAGAGGUGGAAGGGAUAAAGAUAUGAUCUCUCAUAGCGAGUGGCUGAGUAGUGUUCAAUCAGAACCUGAUGUUAUCUCGAUGUCUUUUAUACCUAUUACUUCAUUGUUGAAUGGAGUUCCUGGUAGUGGCUUUCUGAAUCAUGCAAUUAAUCUGUACCUUCGUUAUAAGCCCCCAAUUGAGGAAUUGCACCAGUUUUUGGAGUUCCAGCUUCCAAGGCAGUGGGCACCAGUUUAUAGUGACCUUCCUCUCGGUCCUCAGAGGAAAAAGCAAAGCAGUGCAUCUUUGCCAGUAAAUUUUAUUGGUCCAACACUUUAUGUUUGUACCAACAUGGUUGAUGUAGGCAAAAGACCAAUUACGGGGCUCCGGUUGUUUCUUGAAGGAAAGAAGAGUAACAAAUUAGCUAUCCAUCUCCAACAUCUCUGUUCUCUUCCCCAGAUUAUCCAGCUCGAAGAUGACCCUUUCAACAACCGAACUCCAGAACCAUUUGACCGCAAAUACGUGGAACCAAUAGGAUCGUGGAAGCGUUUCUCCCACGUUUGCACAGCGCCUGUGGAGUCAGAGGACGCCUCCAUCGUCACAGGAGCACGGCUAGAAGUAAUCAGCCAGGGCUUCAAGAAGAUACUGUUCCUUCGGUUGCACUUCUCCAAGGUCGUGAACGCCCACUCCGUCAGGCAGCCUGAGUGGGAGGGGUCCCCGAAUCUGAUCCAGAAGUCGGGCCUCAUCUCGACGCUCAUCAGCACGCAUUUCUCCACGGCGGUCCAGAAGCCGAUGCCCCGCCCUGCCGAUGUGAACAUCAACUCGGCGGUGUACCCCGGCGGCCCGCCCGCCCCGGUGCAGCCCCCAAAGCUUCUCAAGUUUGUGGACACGACGGAGAUGGUGCGUGGGCCGCAGGACCUGCCGGGGUAUUGGGUGGUGUCGGGCGCCAAGCUGCACCUCGAGAGGGGUAAGAUAUCCCUGCGGGUGCGGUACUCGCUCCUGACGGCCAUGCUGCCCGAUGACGAGGAUUACUCUCUUGAUGACGAGUUCUAG